UAGAAAACACAUGAUGCGCGGCACUGUUACACGCGGGCACGACUUCGGCCUCUGUGGUGGUGAACAGCUACACAAAAUCUAGGCAAGUCUUAUGCUGUACUCGAGAACGGAAGAUCGCUCUUAAAUAUAUGAUCGGAUACCGAAAUACCGAUCGCAACUGUACGUUAUGACAGACUACACCCGCCCACUUGGUAGCAAGUAUACCUAGGUAUAUACAACUUCUUACCUUUUCCCGCCUUUUCUCUUUAAUUUUCUUCUACCAAAACUCAAUUAAAUCAUCAACUUCCUUUUUUUGUACCGUAACUCUUAUUGAACAUCAUGGCUCUACCCGUCUCUGGCACUAACGGCUCAGGUCUAAUCAACACCCAUAUUCAUGUCACCACCCCGAGCUAUUUAAAGGCUGUAAGUGAUACUGGGGGUGAUCCGAGUGGCCGGUCAAAUCCUGCUUGGACAUUAGAAGAUUGUGUACGCUUCUGCGACACCAUUGGGGAAGGCUUCUCUGUCCUUUCCCUUCCUACGCCAGGUCCCAGCAUUCUUGGUCCUACCGAAGCAGGUAGAAAGCUGACGCGGACAGUCAAUAAUGAAGUAUGGGAAGUCUGCUCUAGGGCAAAAGGUCGAUUUGGCUUUUUUGCUUCUUUACCGGAUUUCAACGAUGUUGAGGGAACUCUUAAGGAAAUCAAACACAUCUUCGAGGCAGAGAAAAAGGCGAACGGGGUUAUUGUUUUGACCUCGUACGGAGAGCGACUGUUAGGAGAUGAGCACUUCAGACCCAUCUGGGAGUCGUUGGAGAAUUACAAGGCACUUGUUUUUGUCCAUCCCACUACCCUGAACAUCACGCCAGAAAAGGUAGGAGGGUAUCUUCCCGCACCGGUUAUUGACUUUCCUCAUGCUACAACAAGAGCCGUUGUGUCACUUCUUGUUUCUGGAAUAGCGACCGCUUGUCCUAAUGUUGACAUAAUACUGAGUCAUGCCGGCGGGACGAUCCCUUUUAUUGCGCAGCGAGCUAUUGGGUUCCUUGCCGAGCCGACCCUCCAAAGCCAGUCCCAUACAAAUGUCACUGAGUCCAAACAUGCUCUCGGGCGCUUCUACUACGAUAUUGCCCUUUCCACGAGUAAUCCACAACUCAAGGCGCUCUUAGCGUUUUCCUCGCCAUCAAACGUUCUCUUCGGCACCGACUACCCAUACGCGCCUAAACGUAUUAUCUACGAAGAUCUACUACUGUAUAGCAAUUUUGUGGCCAGCGAAGAGGGUAAGGGCAUUAGACCGGCCUGCUUGAGUAAAAACGCAAUAGCCCUUCUCCAGAAGCACGAAGCUGAAAACACCUUUCUGCCCAUGUCUCAGGAGAUUAGGGGCUCAAAAGAGCCAGAAUUUGGAUUAGAGAGUAACCAGGUCGCUGAGCAGGCAAGACAUCAACUAGCCAAGCUUGACAGCUAAAUAUUUGGACUUCUUCGUCCCGGUACGCUGGGCCCAUAAAAACAACACCGAAAGCUAUGAAGACGCAGCAAAAUGGCGGUGGGACCUCCGAUACCACCCUAUAGGCCCCAGUUAUCGCGCCUUUCCAUUGACAACUACCACUCAAUCAUUCAUAGAACUUCUCUUAUGAAUCUGCCCAGAUGUAUCCUUCCUUAGCGAUAAGACUACUUCGAUCUACGUAUAUAAAAAUGCGCAACCUUAUACUAUAUAGUCGCUAUCGUUAUUGUUCAUCUCUUAAUCCGCUAUAGUUUUUUCUUCCUAGGUAGAUGUAAAUUUGUAUUCAUCUAGCCUCCAUUAUCAAAUAUUCCCAUUUCUAUUACUAGAAGCUUUCUCCUAUUAGAAUUUCCGUGACACGCAUUAGCCAAUUUAUUACCAAUUUCGUUUUCGGAUUUCAAAUAAUGAGGCUUCAUA